CUACAUGUCUGCUGAUAAGAAGCAAUCGGAGGAGGUUUCCUUCGUGAAUAAGUAUCCUAUUCUGGUAGAUUGGGCCGCUGGUGGUACGGCUGCCGGUAUUUCCAAGACCCUUGUUGCCCCCAUAGAGCGUGUUAAGAUGCUCCUCCAGACUCAGGACUCCAAUCCCGACAUCCAAUCGGGUAAGGUAGCUCGCUAUACCGGUAUUGGCAAUUGCUUUAGUCGCGUUGCCAGUGAGCAGGGCUUCUGGACGCUCUGGCGUGGUAACAUGGCAAACGUUAUCCGUUACUUCCCCACACAAGCGUUCAACUUCGCCUUUAAGGACAACUUCAAGCGGAUGUUCCCCAAGUACGACCCCAAGACGGAGUUUUGGUCCUUUUUCGCCGCUAACGUCGCUUCUGGCGGUAUGGCGGGUGCCGCUUCCUUGUGUAUCGUCUACCCCCUCGACUUCGCUCGUACUCGUCUGGCCGCCGACGUUGGCAAGGGAGCCGAUAGGGAGUUCACCGGCCUCUGGAACUGCCUUUCCAAGACUGCUAGCCGCACCGGCUAUUUUUCCCUCUAUCAAGGGUUCGGUGUUUCUGUACAAGGAAUCAUCGUCUACCGUGGAGCUUACUUCGGACUCUACGAUUCGGUCAAGAGCGUCAUUUUUGCUGACGAGAAGAAUGCUAAUAUCAUUCUCAAGUUCAUGGUUGCCCAGGCUGUCACCGCGGCCUCUGGUGUCGCCUCCUAUCCCUUCGACACAGUCCGUAGACGUAUGAUGAUGAUGGCUGGUCGAAAGGGUGGUGAUGCUAUCCAAUACACCGGUACCCUCGACUGCUGGAAAAAGGUCUACCAACAGGAAGGUUCAAGAGGUUUUUUCAAGGGCGCAUUUUCCAACGUCCUCCGUGGUGCUGGUGCCGCUCUGGUACUUGUGCUCUACGACGAAGUCAAGAAGGUUAUCUACGGUUAGUCAGCCGUUGCUUUUUUUCUGUCAUUGGUGUCAAUCACUCUCCAGCUCUUAUUUUCGAAGCUAUUCGCAGGAUGUUUAUUCGUGGGC